AUGGCCAGCCCACACCCCAGGCCCGCCGAGCUGGCCCUCGACGACGACGAGCGCCGGCUGGGCAUGGAGAUCGAGGCCGAGCACCAGCUCGGAGUCUCCAACUGGAUCCCCCUCUUCCUCGUCAUCCUCCCCAACCUCGGCGCAAUAUCUCCAAAGCUCUACGCCUCCGCCCGAACCACCCGCAUCCUCAGCCAGGCCCGCGCCGCCCCAAGGAGAGCGGAGGCCGGCUGCGCCAAGACGGUCUAUCCGAUCCGCAGCCACCAGGCCCUCACCGAACUCAAGCGGAACGAGAUGGCCUUCCUCCUCCUCGCCACCUUCUCCCCCGCCCUCGGCAUCGCCCUGCUGCUCUACCUCCACACCAAGCUCGACCUCGGCCUCGAGUACCUCGACAGCCACUCCACCGUGCUCUACCUGCUCUCCUCGCUCGUCAAGCCGCUCGGCCACCUCCACCACCGUCUCCUCCAGCGCUCCCGCUUCCUCCAGAGCCAGCUCCAGUUCCCCACCCGGCUGGCCGACCAGUUCAACCAGACCAUCGACCAGCUGGCCCUCCAGCUCGCCGAGCUCCAGCGCUCCUCGCCCUCCAAGUCGCAGCUCGACGCCUUCGCUAGGACCCACAUCGACACCCCGCUCGCCGCCCUCUCCGAACGGCUGGCCAAGUACCAGAGCAACGACGAGCUCCUCCAGCUCAGGGCCGCCGCCAGACUCUCCGGAAUCGAAGAAACCCUGGCCGAGAUCUCCGGCCAGCUCGACUCCGCCGAGCAGACCCUCAACAGCCUCAUCCAGCAGGACCAAUCCCAACACGCCUCGCCCAUCCAUUCCCUGGGCAAGAUCGUCCACGAACUGCUCCUCGAGCCCCGUCCAUCCACCAAGCCCGCUCCCAAACCAAUCACCCACGACCCCCAUUCUCCCGGACCCUACAAGCGUCCGGCGGCCCGUCUCCAAGCAGAAGAAGAGCACACGAGCACCCCAGGCUACCUCGCCGCCCUCCUCCGUCUCCUCAGCCCACCACUGCCCAACAAACCAGCGUCGCGCCCGGCGAAGAGAAGCAUGUCGGCCGCCAGGCUGCUCAUGUGGCCCUUCCACACCAUCCUCAUCGCCCCGCUGGGCCUGCUGCUCUCGACCACCCUCCGUCUCCUGCGUCUCCCGCUGCGCCUCGUGCCCUGGCUGGUCCCCCCCGCCAGUCAGCCGGCCGCAGCCGGCCGGAGCGCCCGCCGCCGGGACCACCACCACCACCGCCACCACCACCACCAGCGCACGCACCGCUCCCCAUCUCCCCCGCCCAAACCCGCCCCCUCCCCGCCCGACUCUCUCUCCCCCGCUACCACUAGCCCCGACAGCCAACACGCCCAGCUCCACUUCCUCCUCCACCCCCAUCUCGACCAGCCCGACAACAGCAAACCGAUCCAAUGGGCUAACGAGCCCGCGUUCUAUGACCCUGCCGACGACGACCAGCGCACGUAUCAGGACCAUCUCUUCUGA